AUGUCCAAAGGGAGAAAAAACAGAAGGCAUGCCAAGAAGGGCCACAGGUACAUCCAGCCUAAAUGUACUAGCUGUGCUUGCUGCUUCCCCAAAGAGAAGGUGACAGCAAAAGUUGUCAUUUGUAGUGUUGGUGAGGCUGCAGUUCAGAUAUCUGAAGCCUCCAUCUGUGAUUGGUAUGUGCUGCCCAAGCUGUGCAUGAAGCUGCAGUAUGUCUUCAGCUGA